AGCUCCCUGUAUAAACGCGGGCGGACCGGUGUCCUCCGUUAAUUAGUCGCUUUCUGGCCUCUCGGGACGGACACACCGAGUUGUCCGGUGUUUAAACGAUCACAACCGGCGUUAACCGACCCUCCCCGCCCGGUGUUAACGAAACUUUUUGGGUCAGAAAGUGUUUUCGGUAGAUGCGCGCAGAUAACGUUUCGGACCGGGGAGAAACCGGGGCUUUCAGCCCUCUACAUUAACGCCGAAUUAACGGUCACUUUUCCCGCCGGUGGUCCGGUACAUCAGCAGCAUCUUGACCCGCUUCUUUCUGUGGAUGUUACCGGGAAAAAACUAUGGAGUUUCGCUGGAGCCUCUCCCGGUGCCCCGACAAGGUGAGGUAACGGGAACGGGACACACACAUCAGACAGGAGCGACCUGUUGCCGGUUGCCGGUGACGCAGAGAGGAUGAACGGAGCUCCCGGAGGAGCUGCCGUGCUGCUGCUGCUGUUCUACGGCCAGGUUGCGUUCACUGCUGCCCGGUCCCUGAACGCACCGCGGGACCGAGCGGUUCUGCCUCUGGACGGACAGAAAGACGGUACCGACAGUCUGACCGCAGUCGUGACAGGUGUGGACGGACAGCGGCGCCUCCUGCUGGAGAAAACUCGUCCCUUCUUCCUGGUGGGUGGACGGAGGAGGAGCCUCGCUGAAGCUCUGCAGGACGGUCACCCGGACAAGCUGCAGUGUGGACUGGAGGUGGGAGGACGACUCUUCCUGCUGGACCUGGAGAAGAACCACGACCUGCUGCCCAAACCGCCCAACGUCUUCUACUACCUGCCCAACGGCACCGGAGUGUCUGUGAGAGCCAACCCCGUGACUCACUGUUAUUACCAUGGCAACGUCCGAGGAUUCCCCCAGUCCAGAGUGGCUCUGAGCACCUGCUCCGGACUCCGCGGCAUCAUCGCCAUCAACUCCACCCUGAGCUUCGAGCUGCAGCCUCAGGAGCACGACCAUCGCCAUCACCUGCAGCAGCGGGACGGGGGAGGAGGGGAGAGUGGGGGAGACGGGAGUGGAGGGAGCGGAGGAGAAGGAGAUGAAGAAAGAGGGGUACACCUGCUGUUCUCCACCAGCCCUCUAGGGGGCGACAGCACCGGCAGCUGUGGCAUGUCACACACUGCUGUGCCGCCCAUCCACAGCGCCACACACACACACAGGAGGAAGAGAGACAUCCUGUCUGAGACCAAAUACAUCGAACUGGUGCUGGUGGCGGAUCACCAGGAGUUUCUGAACUACCAGAAGAACAACAAGACCAUCCUCUACCGCAUGCUGGACGUGGCCAACCAGGUGGACUGGUUCUACCGUCCUCUGAACGUGCGGGUGGCGUUGACCGGUCUGGAGAUCUGGAGCGACCGCGAUAAGAUCCGUGUGGAGAAGAGUCCCACCGACACGCUCAACAACUUCCUGGACUGGAGAACCAGGGAGCUCCUGCCACGCCUUCGCCACGACAACGCCCAGCUCGUCAUGGGAGGCUCUUUUGACGGCACCACGGUGGGCAUGGCGUCUCAGUCCUCCAUGUGCUCCAGAGACCGGUCGGGGGGGGUCAACGUGGAUCACCUGGUCAGUGUGCUGGGCGUGGCCUCCACUGUUGCUCAUGAGCUCGGUCACAACCUGGGGAUGAGUCACGACACCGCCGAACGCCGCUGCUCCUGUCAGAACGAGCGGCGGCUCGGAGGAUGCAUCAUGGAGCCCUCUACCGGGUUCCUGCCGGGCCAGCAGUUCAGCAGCUGCAGCGCUGCAGAUCUGUCCGUCAGCCUGCUGCACGGGGGCGGCAUGUGUCUGUUCAACGUCCCGCAGCCAGACCGCCUGCUGGGGGGGCCUCGCUGUGGGAACCUCUACGUGGAGAAGGGGGAGGAGUGUGACUGUGGCCUGCUGGAGGAUUGUGAGGACCCAUGCUGCAACGCCUCCACCUGUCUGCUAGUUCCUGGAGCUCAGUGUUCGUCUGACGGCAUCUGUUGUCACAACUGCAAGCUGCGGGCGGCCGGUUCGAUGUGUCGUGACCGGCUGGGAGAGUGCGACCUCCCCGAGUUCUGCACGGGCUCCUCCCCUUACUGCCCCCCCAACGUCUUCCUGCAGAACGGCGAGCCCUGCGAGGACGCCGCCUCCUACUGCUACGAAGGAGUCUGCGCCAGCAUGCACACCCAGUGCCAGAUGCUGUGGGGGCCCAAUGCCACCAGUGCUCCCCCUGUCUGUUUCUCAUCGGUGAACAAACAAGGAAACAAAUAUGGAAACUGUGGUCAGCUGACCAACGGCUCCUACAUCCCCUGUGGGAACUCUGACGUCCACUGCGGCAGGAUCCAGUGCCAGGGCGGGAGGGAGCGCCCCCUGCUGGGCACCAACGCAGAGAUCCUCACCACCACGGUCCGCUUCAACCACAGCGACCUGGUCUGCAGAGGAACCUUCUUCCACCUGGGGGACGACGUGUCGGACCCGGCCACCGUGGCCCAGGGCACCGCCUGCAGCCCCGGCAAGGCGUGUUUGAACCAGAAGUGUCAGGACGUGUCGGUGUUCGGGGUGGAUGAGUGUCGCAGGAAGUGUAACGGCCGCGGGGUGUGUAACAGUAAUAAGAACUGCCACUGUGAGGUGGGCUGGGCUCCUCCGGACUGCAGGUACUCGGGUCACGGAGGCAGCGUGGACAGUGGACCGGCCAGAGCUGCUGGAGGUUCUGGUCCGGUCCGAGUGGCGCUGCUCGUCAUCUUCCUCUUCGUCCUGCCCGUGGUGCUCCUCCUCCUCGCUCUGCGCUUCCCUCGUUUCCGCCAGAGUUUCCUCUGUCUGGGACCCAACAGCCCGCUGCAUAAGUCUCGACAACACAACCGUGUGACUCACUGUGAGAUGUUGGGUUUAGAGUUUGACCCCGCCCACCUCUCCAGAACGCCGGUGACGGAGCGAGUGGACGGCAGGAAUGGAGAGCAGGUCCGACCCCUGAGAUACCACCUGAACCCGCCGACGGACAUCCCACUGACGGAGAAAGAGGUUCAUGACAGACCUGCUCCUCCCACUAAGCCACUCCCCCCUGACCCCGCCUUACAAACCCUGCCGCAGCGACCUGCCCCCCCCACCAAGCCUCUGCCCCCCGACCCCCCCGACCAGGUCCCUGCUCCGCCCAAACCUGUGGUGGCCAUAAAGCCCCGCCUGCUGGGCGCGCAGCCCCACCCCCACAUCCCCCAUCACCCCGGCUACGCAGCCAGCACCAAACCGCCACAUCACGCCGCUAGCACCAAACCGCCACAUCACGCAGCCGUCGCACCUGGAGCCGCUCCCAACAGACGACCUCCCGCUCCUCCGAUUCGACCCACAAACCCUUACAAAGUCGACUCGUCGCCGCUCUGACUGCAUCAGAAGACAAACUUUCUCCUGUUUCGGCCCGUUAACGAAGAUGAAGAUGAUGAAGAUGAAGAUGACUUUAUUACCCAGUUUGCACUCAGUCAUCGGAUUUCUCACUUAAUCCUUAAUUAACUCACAGGAACUGUAAAUACGUGCUAGUGCCUUGCUCCGCAGCACCGCGAACGCAAUAAUGUGGACACUCGGAGAUGAUGUCACAUUGAAGUGUCUCGGUGUCAGCGAUACAGCGCCCCCUAGCCGGGGGUUCAGUGCCUUG